CGAGGAGCGACUGGGCGCGCUUGCAAUUUCCGCCCGUUCCGCGGGAAAUCCUGUGUCAUCGCCAACGAAGUGCUUCCUGGAGCGCGGCCCAGGUCACGAAUCAUGUGACAGCGCUUUGCGAGGAACCUGUUUUUGGAGCCUUCUCUGUACAGCUUUUGAACUAAUCCAGCAGUCAAGAAACCCAGGCGUGGAGAUUGAUCCUGCGGGAGAAAGGGGUUCGUCAUGGCGGAUGACCUGAAGCGUUUCCUGUAUAAGAAGUUACCAAGUGUUGAAGGACUCCAUGCUAUUGUUGUGUCAGAUAGAGAUGGAGUACCUGUAAUUAAAGUGGCCAAUGAUAAUGCUCCAGAACAUGCUUUGAGACCUGGUUUCUUAUCUACUUUUGCCCUUGCUACUGACCAAGGUAGUAAACUUGGGCUUUCAAAAAAUAAAAGCAUUAUAUGUUACUAUAACUCUUACCAGGUGGUUCAGUUCAAUCGUUUGCCUUUGGUGGUGAGUUUCAUAGCCAGCAGCAAUGCCAAUACAGGACUAAUUGUCAGCCUAGAAAAGGAACUUGCUCCAUUAUUUGAAGAAUUGAUAAAAGUUGUGGAAGUUUCUUAAUGGAAAAAUGGUUUCUGAUGUGUAUAUGGUCUUUAUUGUAACAAUACAAUAUCAAUCCAGCAAUCUUUAGAACACAAUAAUACUUUUAUCUAUGUACUCGAAAAGGCCCCUUUUCCCCCACCUUAUACUAAAGAAAGAGCCUAUAAUGUAUAGACAGAUCAAUUGUUAUAUUUACUUGCAUAAGAUCUUUUCUUAUUUAGUGAGAUCUGGGGAUACCACAGAAAUGGUUCAGUCUAUCACAGCUCCCAUGGAGUUUGUCCAGUCACCAGAUAUAAAAGAGAUUCUAUUCAGUGGAUCAGAAUCAAAAUGGUACAUUGAUCCACUUGAGCCAUUAUGUGCUCCCUAUUGUACAAUACUCCCAGGCCUGCAGGAAUGCAGCAGACCCUUUUUAUUGUGAAUAAUAAUGUCAUAUUUUUCUUUAUAUUGUUUUAUUUCUUUACAUUGAUGUGAGGAAGACAAAGUAGCUUAGUAAAAGUAAUAAAAUCAGUACAAUCACUAACGUUCAUUUGGAUAUAUUAUUUUGUAGUAUAGAUGAAGAUUACUAAUUUCAUUCUUCUCAGAGGGUGCUGCUCUUUAAUGAAAAGAAAAAUUAUAGCUUAUGGUGUUUUUUUCCUACUUUGCUUUCUAUAACCAAUCAGUGUUUUAAUGUUUGUGUAUCUUAUAAAAUUCAAAUGUGAUUUGUUAUUGAAUCCUGUUUCCAGUAUCAGUAUGUAUAUAAACAUGAUAGUAUAGUCUUUUUUCAUACAUGAGUUUAAAUAAAAUAGUAUUUUUAAAAAUA